UAAAACUCCACCAUGAUCAACAAGACCCCACUCUGACAAGAUCCUGCCUUUUACUUCCAGCUGCACAGCUGUUCAGAGAGAGCGCUGCCAGCCCUUCAGCAGCUGGUACAGUAUGCUGCAGCAAGUGUGUGCCCAACCAAUGGGUAGCCACAAGUAAAACUCCACACACUAUUAUGUGAUACUGUAUUUCUCUAUGGGAAACCUAACAGUCUCACUUUAAGCCUUGUAAUUUCCCAGAAUGUUCUGCCGUCCAUCCGUCUAGUCCGCAUCUGGUACAGAAUACUACAAGAUACGGAUCAAUAACCACUUGUUAGCCACUUCCACUGGUUAUUUUCACUUCCUCUGGCUUUAAACUUCGUAAUUUCCCAGAAAGUGAUUGUCAAGCCAUGUAUUUAGAGGAGUGCACAAAGGAGGCACCAAGGAUAGAAGCAUGAGAUGCUGCACGGCCCGUCACUGCUGUAGACUGACAGGAUAUCACCCAGGCACAGAUAUGCCUGCUCACAACACUCGAUAAGCUGCACAUGUUUUUAGGAGGAGGGAGCAGGUUCUCUUACCUUAGCCCAGCUGCAGACUUCUCACGCCUGAUGCAGGCUUGCAAUGUGAAUCGGACAGACAAGCCGCAACAGCCAGGGAAGACGACCAGCUUUUAGACUGUCUUGUGUGCUGUGAAAUCUGGCAGUGGAGGAGAGGGCCACAAAACAAAAAGCAAGAAGCAAUUCUGAAUCAAUAUGCCAUCCAAAGGAAAGUAUCUAAUCAAGGACAAUGAGAACUGGAUGAUUACACAUUCACUGUAUGAGAAGUACCAGUGCAUAAGUCAGUACUACCCACUGCUGCUCAUCCUCCUCUUUGUGGUGGGGACAGCUUGUGUGACUCUCAUCGUCCUUUUCUUCACCACCAGUGAAGAGCUGUCUCAGCAUCUUGCCUUUAUAAUCACAGUGUUUUUGGCCCUAGUGAUUUUCUGUGCGCUCUAUGUUUUGGUAUACACAGAAUCAUUUGUACGGAAGUGGCUUCGUAUAUUUUCCCUGGUGAUCUACGCCUGCCUCCUGACCAUCGGAUUUGUCUUAAUUUAUGAUCCAAUUAAUGUCCAAACAUGGGACCAGGUGCCAUUUUUCCUGUUCAUAACCUUCUCGGUGUACACCAUGCUGCCUCUGGGGAUGCGAGCCUGCCUGAUUAUCAGCAUAAUCUCCGGAAUGUCCCACAUUGUUGUCAUUAGUAUCACCGUCAUGAUGUCCUCCACCACUCGUGACACAAUCGCCUUCGAGCUUAUUGCAAAUGCCAUUAUAUUCCUCUGUGGUAAUCUAAUGGGUGCAUUCCACAAGUACCACAUGUUGGAUGCGUCAAGGGACCUGUACAGCUAUACUGUGAAGUGCAUUCGGGUAAAGAUGAAGCUGGAACUUCAAAAGAGGCAGCAGGAGAGCCUGCUGUUGUCCGUACUCCCUGUUUAUAUUUCCAUGGAGAUGAAGUUGGCUAUUAAGGACAGGCUUAAGGAAACUAAUGACAUUCGCCAACCGGACAAAAACUUCCACAGCUUAUAUGUAAAGCGGCACCAAAAUGUCAGCAUCCUCUAUGCAGAUAUUGUGGGCUUCACUCGGCUCGCCAGUGACUGUUCACCCAAAGAGCUUGUGGUCAUGUUGAAUGAACUGUUUGGAAAGUUUGACCAAAUAGCAAAGGAAAAUGAGUGUAUGAGGAUUAAGAUUUUAGGGGAUUGUUAUUACUGCGUCUCCGGUCUCCCAGUGUCUUUACCAAACAAUGCCAAGAAUUGCGUCAAGAUGGGUCUGGAUAUGUGCGAAGCAAUAAAGCAAGUGAGAGAAGCCACAGGAGCCGAUAUCAACAUGCGGGUUGGAGUGCAUUCUGGGAAUGUUUUGUGUGGUGUCAUUGGAUUGCGUAAGUGGCAGUUCGAUGUUUGGUCACAUGAUGUCUCCUUGGCAAAUCGCAUGGAAUCUGCCGGAGUACCAGGUCGAGUUCACAUCACAGAAGCAACAUUGAAGCAUUUAAACGGAGCCUACAGUGUUGAGGAGGGACACGGAGAACUAAGAGACCCAUACCUUAAGGAAAUGAACAUUAAAACCUACCUUAUUAUUGAUCCAAGGUCACAGCAACGUCGGAUUCAGAACAAUCACAUUCCCAGACCUCGAGUAAAUGAUGGUCUCAAGGUUCGGCCUUCAGUCAGGAUGACAAGAUAUCUUGAAUCAUGGGGGGCAGUCCGUCCUUUCUCUCAUCUUGACUCCAGUGAGCCCUCGAGCACUGAGAUACCAGUUGCAAAUGGAAAGCCAAAACGGGAAAUCCCACUGCAAGGUUUGGGGCGUCAGGUUCAUACAGAAAGGACCAUUUCACAGAAAAGGAACCAGGAGGAAGAACUUCACGAUAGAAUGCUGAACACAAUCGAUGGACUCAGUUCAGUCAAGCCGUGGUUUGGGAAGUCGGAUGAUUUUUAUGCUUUCCUACUUUUCUUCACUGCCGACGGACUGGAAAGAGAGUAUCGCACCAUCAGAAUUCCAAAGAUACGAAAUUACUUCCUGUGUGCCAGUGUGGUGUUCCUCUGCAUUUUCCUAAUCCAAAUACUGGUGAUGCCCAGAAGUGUAAAGCUGGGUGUUUCUUUUGCUGUUGUGACCCUGCUGAAUAUUUUUGUGCUGCUUUUGUGCUAUGCAGACAAGUGUGCGAAUUUCUUUGAAGAGAGUUCAUCCACGUCACGUGCGCUGUGUUCUGUUGCGGAAAAGGUUGAAACCAACCCUCUAGUGCGUGUCACACUAGCUACACUGACUAUUGGGGCUCUUCUGGUAGUUGCCAUUCUUAAUUUGCCUUUAGACAAGACUCUCCAGAGCUGCAAUGGGUCGAGUCCAGGAGCAGACAAGUGUCAGAGCAUCCCAUAUUACAUAUAUUGCUGCAUUUUGGGAUUCAUUGCCUGCUCUGUGUUCCUACGAAUGAGCUUUGAAUUGAAGAUACUCCUGUUAUCUGCUGCCUUCAUUGUGUACAACAUCAUCAUAUUCCAUACUCAUGCGGACUUGUUCAAGAAUGGGCUACCAGCCAGCAACAGUACAACAGGGAUCAUGGAAGACCUGCAGCGGAUGUCCAGCUUCUACCUUUUUUUAUUCUACUUAACCUUAGUUUUACUGGCAAGGCAGGUAGACUAUUACUCCAGGUUGGACUGCUUGUGGAAGAAAAAAUUUCGGAAUGAAGAUGAAGAAAUUGAAACCAUGGAGAAUCUGAACCGCCUCCUCCUAGAAAACGUCCUGCCUGCACACGUGGCUGCGUAUUUUAUUGUGGAUAAUAAAAUGAAUGAGGACUUGUACCAUCAGUCUUAUGACUGUGUCUGCGUGAUGUUUGCUUCUGUGCCGGAGUUUAAAGUCUUCUAUACAGAGUGCGAUGUCAACAAAGAGGGUCUGGAAUGCCUGCGACUCUUAAAUGAGAUUAUCGCAGAUUUCGAUGAGCUUUUAAUGAAGCCAAAAUUUAGCGGGGUGGAGAAAAUUAAGACAAUUGGAAGUACUUACAUGGCAGCAGCAGGUCUGACCGUAACACCUGGACAAGAAAAUACCCAGGACCAGGAAAAGCAGAAUGCUCAAAUAGGAAUCACAGUUGAAUAUGCCAUGGCUCUAAUGCAAAAACUGGAUGGAAUUAACAGACAUUCGUUCAAUAACUUCCGUCUACGUGUGGGGAUAAACCAUGGACCUGUUAUUGCCGGAGUCAUUGGCGCUAGGAAGCCUCAGUACGACAUCUGGGGGAAUACUGUGAAUGUGGCUAGCAGGAUGGAGAGCACAGGGGAACUUGGCAAAAUCCAGGUGACGGAAGAAACGUGCCGUAUUUUGGAAGGACUGGGCUAUUCCUGCGAGUGCCGAGGACUAAUCAACGUUAAAGGAAAGGGAGAACUCAGGACAUACUUUGUCUGUACAGACAUGGCCAAAUCCCAGAGCAUUGGCAUGAACUAACCCUGCUACUGGUUUUACCUUGCUAAGGCACAAAGUAGCGAGAAUUGUUUUACCUGCUGCCUAAUUUUCUAUGAAGACAUUGCCAAAUUAGUAGAUAAUGCUCCCAUUCCAUAUGUAAUGGAGAUCUUUUACAGUACCUGGACUGCUGGUACUCCUCUAAAGACCAGCAUCGGGAAAUACGAGAUGAACAUAUUGCAACUUGUGAGCAUUGUCAUGUGCCAGAUAUACAGUAUUUACUCAAUGAAGGUUGGGUGUGCCGCAUGAAGUGCUGGGUUACGCAAUAAGCCCAUUACUUAUGACAGUAUAUUUUAGUAAAUGUUAUUUAAAUGCUAUCAAGCUGCACCUACAGGACCAUAAUGAAUUACUUUUAUGGACAUUGAAAUGAUGAAAGUUUGUGGACAGCCAUUGUGCCUUGCCAAAUCUGUGCCUUUUGCUGUGAGAGUAAUAAGUAAGGUUAGCGGAAAAUAAGAAAUACAAUGUCCGUUUUUACUGGUUUAGAAGCUAAUAUGGAAGCCCUGGUCCUAACCAGCAGAUUGCUUGUGGUGGCUGUGAGAAGCCAGGCAGGCAAUGAGUUGUAGAUUUACAGCCACUUGAAACCAUCUAGCAGUAUGCACCACUUCAAUUCAGGAAUUGAAGGAAACGUGGUCGUCAGAGACCUUUUAAAAUUGUGCGAAAUGGUCAUGACAACCAACUCUAAGCACGAUUUAUCUAUAGCCAUUAUAUAAUGGGACUGGAUGUGGUACAGCUGCCCAAUUGUUUUAAUCUGCAUUGCAAGAGAUGCGGAAUAACACAUACACACACAUUCAGUCCCCCUUUGCUGUAUAGUUGGAAAGCAUUGUUUUUAAAGUAUUUAGUAAUGACCUUAAUUAUAACGUCACUUACUUCCCAUGCACUGCCAAAGCCUAAAUUACAUUUAGGAAGUGAGAGAGGGUGAAAGUAGGAAUUUCUGAUUACACGUGUAAAGUAUUUUAAGAGGGCGUGCUCUAAUACAGAGAGGAAAUCUCUCACAGUUUGUGGUUAUAUUAAUCCAAAGAACUGUUUUAAUUUUUUUUUAUGUCAAAUUGUAUAUGGUGAAGUAUUGUUCUUGUAUAAAAGCCAGGUGGUACCCACUGGCAUUUGAUUUGUAUUUAUAAAUGGAAGUGCAAAUGCCCAGUGAAACAGAAUAA